ACAAGUCCCAGCAUCCACUGCGCGGCCCAGGCCUGUCAGGGUAGUAGGCGCUGCGUGAGGCGGGUAAAUGUUCGCGGAAGCGGCGAAGACGACAGGGCCUUGUGGGAUGGCGGAGUUUAAGGAGAAGCCUGAGGCCCCGACUGAGCAGCUGGAUGUCGCGUGCGGCCAGGAAAACUUGCCGGUGGGCGCGUGGCCCCCGGGGGCCGCGCCGGCGCCCUUCCAGUACACUCCUGAUCAUGUAGUUGGACCUGGAGCAGACAUUGAUCCCACUCAAAUAACCUUUCCCGGAUGCAUUUGUGUCAAAACUCCCUGCCUCCCUGGCACUUGCUCCUGUCUCCGCCAUGGAGAGAACUAUGAUGAUAACUCAUGCCUUAGAGAUAUAGGAUCUGGAGGAAAGUAUGCAGAGCCUGUUUUUGAAUGCAAUGUCUUGUGCCGAUGCAGUGACCACUGCAGAAACAGAGUGGUCCAGAAAGGUCUGCAGUUCCACUUUCAAGUGUUCAAGACGCAUAAAAAAGGCUGGGGACUUCGUACCUUGGAAUUUAUACCAAAAGGAAGGUUUGUCUGUGAAUAUGCUGGUGAGGUUUUAGGAUUCUCUGAAGUUCAGAGAAGAAUUCACUUACAAACAAAAUCUGACUCUAACUACAUUAUAGCCAUCAGGGAACAUGUUUAUACUGGGCAGGUAAUGGAAACAUUUGUUGACCCUACUUAUAUAGGAAAUAUUGGAAGAUUCCUUAAUCAUUCUUGUGAGCCAAACCUUUUGAUGAUUCCUGUCCGAAUUGACUCAAUGGUACCUAAGUUGGCACUUUUUGCAGCCAAAGAUAUUGUGCCAGAAGAAGAACUCUCUUAUGAUUAUUCAGGAAGAUAUCUUAAUCUAACAGGCAGUGAAGACAAAGAAAGGCUAGAUAAUGGGAAACUAAGAAAACCUUGUUACUGUGGUGCCAAAUCAUGUACUGCUUUCCUGCCUUUUGACGGUUCUCUGUACUGCCCCUUAGAAAAGUCGAGCAUCAGUUGUGGAAAUGAGAAGGAACCCAGCAUGUGUGGCUCAGCCCCUUCUGUGUUCCCCUCCUGCAAGCGAUUGACCCUUGAGACUAUGAAAAUGAUGUUAGACAAAAAGCAAAUUCGAGCAAUUUUUUUAUUCGAGUUCAAAAUGGGUCGUAAAGCAGCAGAGACAACUCGCAACAUCAACAACGCAUUUGGCCCAGGAACUGCUAACGAACGUACAGUGCAGUGGUGGUUCAAGAAGUUUUGCAAAGGAGAUGAGAGCCUUGAAGAUGAGGAGCGUAGUGGCCGGCCAUCAGAAGUUGACAACGACCAACUGAGAGCAAUCAUCGAAGCUGAUCCUCUUACAACUACAAGAGAAGUUGCCGAAGAACUUAAUGUCAACCAUUCUACAGUCGUUCGGCAUUUGAAGCAAAUUGGAAAGGUGAAAAAGCUCGAUAAGUGGGUGCCUCAUGAGCUGACUGAAAAUCAAAAAAAUCGUCGUUUUGAAGUGUCAUCUUCUCUUAUUCUACGCAACCACAACGAACCAUUUCUCGAUCGGAUUGUGACGUGCGAUGAAAAGUGGAUUUUAUAUGACAACCGGCGACGAUCAGCUCAGUGGUUGGAUCAAGAAGCAGCUCCAAAGCACUUCUCAAAGCCAAUCUUGCACCCAAAAAAGAUCAUGGUCACUAUUUGGUGGUCUGCUGCUGGUGUGAUCCACUACAGCUUUCUGAAUCCCGGUGAAACCAUUACAUCUGAGAAGUAUGCUCAGGAAAUCGAUGAGAUGCACCAAAAACUGCAACACCUGCAGCUGGCAUUGGUCAACAGAAAGGGCCCAAUUCUUCUCCACGACAAUGCCCGACCGCAUGUUGCACAACCCACACUUCAAAAGUUGAAUGAAUUGGGCUAUGAAGUUUUGCCUCAUCCACCGUAUUCACCUGACCUCUUGCCAACCAACUACCACAUCUUCAAGCAUCUUAACAACUUUUUGCAGGGAAAACGCUUCCACAACCAGCAGGAUGCAGAAAAUGCUUUCCAAGAGUUUGUCAAAUCCCGAAGCACGGAUUUUUACGCUACAGGGAUAAACCAACUUAUUUCUCGUUGGCAAAAAUGUGUUGAUUGUAAUGGUUCCUAUUUUGAUUAAUAAAAAUGUGUUGAGCCUA